CCGGAUAUCAAGCGAGGCAGACACGCUUCUAUUCGAUUCAACCUACCAGCUCUCGAAAACUACUGGUUUACUGUUCUCCACUUACCGAGUGCUGCACUUCAUUACAGCAUCAACAGGAGCAGGGGAUCCCGAGAGGUAUCUAGGAUAUGGAAGCUCCGCCCAGUCCCAAAAGACCCCCCAGUGCCAUUCCCUCCGAUUCCAAUAGCCGAAAAGAGCUUGGGAGAGCGGUAACUGCCGACACGUCGAAAGCCACCAGGUUACAAACCGAACAAGUCCCUACUUUACGAACCUCGAACGAGUCCACGCGAAAAAUUAAGACAAAUACAGGAGUCACCAUUCCGCCAGCCUAUGGAGCCUCGCAUAACUCACCAAUUGGCAACACUCAAGAAAAGAAGAGCGUGGAUUAUUCAGCCAGUCAAGCCGUCGAAGUUGCUCUGUCAGAGGCCGGUUGCGGCAAGCCGGUCUCAGAGAAGACGGAUUCACAGCAGGAGUUAUACCAUGCAUUUGCGAGGCGGGAGAAGCGGCUUAUGGUAUGGAUAGUAUCAUUUGCCGGGCUGUUCUCUCCACUUUCAAGCAAUAUUUACUUCCCUGCGCUGGGUGCCAUAUCUUCACACGUACAAACCGAAAUCGCCAUGAUAUCGCUCACUGUGACUGUGUAUAUGGCAGUUCAGGGGGUGGCGCCUUCUUUUUGGGGACCUUUGAGCGACACGCGUGGACGCAGAGUCACCUUUAUCUGCACUUUUGGCGUGUACCUCAUCGCAAACCUCGGGUUGGAAUUCAGCGACGACUUUGCGUCAUUGAUGGCUUUUCGAGCAAUCCAAGCUGCUGGCAGUGCCGCGACCAUCUCCGUUGGUGCUGGAGUGAUUGGCGAUAUCACAACAGCAAAGGAACGCGGGGGAUAUAUGGGUAGUUUUGGAGGAAUUCGAAUGCUCGGCCAGUCAAUUGGGCCAGUGAUUGGCGGCAUUAUCACAGAGUUCUUUGGAUUUCACGCCAUCUUUUGGUUUCUCGUCGUCCUUGAUUUCAUAAGUCUCGUGGUUAUUGUGCUCUUUCUCCCGGAAACCCUUCGUCACAUUGCUGGAAAUGGCACUAUCCCACUGCGCGGCAUCCAUCGUCCAGUUGUCACUCGCCAUAUCAGCAAACACUGGAAGCGUCCAGAUGCAGUAUCCAGUGAGGAGGGCAACAUCACGAAUUUGACGCCCAAGUUUACUCUGGGCUCGAUAUUAUCGCCACUGCGGUUUCUUUUUGAAAAGGACGUGUUUGUCACGCUAUUGUUUGGGGCUUUUGUGUACACGAUUUGGAGUGUGGUGACUUCGUCGACAACCGCCCUGUUUCAGCCUCGAUAUCGACUCUCCAAUUUGAAAGUGGGCCUCAUAUUCUUACCGAACGGCGCGGCUUGUGUCAGCGGAUCAUACUUUGCUGGCAAGAUUCUUGAUCGCGAUUAUCGGCAUGUCGAGUCAGCGUACCGUGCUUCCGAAGGGAUCCCGCUCGAGACUCCUCUCAACAGAAAGCAUUUGUCGGACCUUCCACUUUCCCGUGCUCGACUUCGGUCCUCCUGGUAUCUCAUCGUCUUGUUCGUGUUGCCGUUGCGGGGUAUGGCUUCUCGCUUUCUUCCCCCUUGCUGGCCUCGAGACCGGUUCGUCAUUGCAAUCACAGCGACGGCCAUCUUUACCCAAAACAGUGCAUUGAUGGUGGACUUGUAUCCCGGGGCCAGCGCCAGCGCCACCGCUGUCAACAAUCUCGUUCGGUGCUCGUUGGGCGCUGUGGGAGUGGCAGGGGUGCAGUUCAUCAUUGACAAAAUUGGGGUCGAGGCCGCGUUUCUGAUAUUUGCUGUCGUAACAAUUGCUCUCACACCUUUGAUGUGUCUACAGUGGAAAUAUGGCGAGGUCUGGAGAGCUGAGAGGAUAGCGAGGCUUGCCCGGAGGGAGCAGAAACAAGUGACCGGGGCGCAGGUGUGA